GUUUGUUAGUCUGUGUCCUGUAAUUAAUAGAAUAAUCUGCGAUUCUGAAAAACUGAAGGUAAGUACGUAUUUUAAUUAUGUUUAACUGUAAUAAUUGUAAAUUUAAGUGCAGUAAUGUCGAGAAAUACGAUUUGCAUCAGUACUUGCAUAGAAAUAAAAAGGGCGCGCAAUUCUUUUGCAUUCGCCAUCAGUGCAAUAGAUUAGCUUUUAAAACAUGUUCUGGAUUUAGACAACAUAUCUUUCGACAUCACAGACAAUUAAACCCCAAAAGUAGUGAAAUUAGGGUAAAAUGUAACGUUAAAAAUUGCAUUUUUAUUGCUACUAAUAAAAAGGAAUUGUGUGCUCAUAUGCGCUCUCACAUUAGAGAAAACGUUCCUAUAACAUGUCCAUUUAUUUCUUGUGCCAGUUGCAAAACUGUUUACAAAAAUGUUCCAUCGUUUAAGACCCAUGUGAUGAGGAAACACUUUGAUUUUGCAGGCAUUCAUAAAUUCGGAUUUAACGUGACUAACGAAAUAGAUUGCAACCUACCAUCUGGUUCUGAAGAAUAUGUGCUCGAUAGCGAGCAAACUGAAAAUGUUAACGAUUUACAUUCUCUAAACUCAAAAAAAGACUUGGAAGAAAUUGGAGUUAAAUAUUUGGCCGAUUUAUAUCUAACCUUGGAAUCAAGUCACUUUCUUUGCCAAAAUUCUCUCACAAAAAUCAUACGAGGUUUUUCUGAUUUUGAGAAUUUAAAUCAUGAUUACAUGUUAGCAAAAUUAAGAGAACUCGAUAACGAAAGCAGGUUAAAUUACGAAAAUGUAGCAAGUUUAUUGAAAGAUAGUUUGUUUGGGGUCGCUCAUAAUAAAGUGAGCGGUUCUUUGCGGACAACUUACAUGCGACACAAUUUUUAUAAAAAAGAAUUUCAGUUUGUAGAACCCCUCAAAAUAGAUUUAGGCGUAGUCGAAGAAAAAGAUGCAUUUUUUUACUACGUUCCAAUACAUGAAACUUUAAAAUCACUCUUAAAUGACCCAAAUGUAAAUAGUCAAUGCUUUUCUGCGCCGCACGUUUCUUCCGACGGUGUGUAUAGAGAUUAUUAUGACGGAAUCUGCUGUAAAGAUAACACUUUUUUCUCAAGAAAUAAACAUUCUCUUAAAAUAAUUUUAUAUCAAGAUUCGUUUGAAAUUUGUAAUCCUUUGGGCAGUGCUCGCAAUAAAUAUAAAAUCACAGGAAUUUAUAUGACCCUUGCAAAUUUGUAUCCAUGGAAUAGAACACGAACUGAACAGAUACAAUUAAUUGCUUUGUGUUUUGAUAAACAUAUAAAACACUUUGGUUUUGGUACUAUUCUUCGUCCCUUGAUCAAUGACUUAAAAAUUUUGGAAGAAGAAGGGUUAAGAAUUAAUGAAAAUGUAAUAGUCAAAGGAAGCAUACUUUGUACCGUCGGCGAUAAUCUAGGGAGUCACCAAAUUGGAGGAUUUUUGGAAACCUUCAACGUAGAAAUGUUUUUUUGUAGGUUUUGUAAAAUUCAAAAUUUUAAUGGGUCAACUUAUUUUGGUAAUUUGCGUACUGUGCAAUCAUAUGACCAUGAUGUUAAUAUGGCUUUAACAAUCAAUAACCAUUUUGAAGGAAUUAAGCAUAACUCUCCUUUAAAUGAAUUAAACUAUUUUCACGUUGCUCUUCCUGGGUUACCCCCUUGUUUAGCACAUGAUUUAGUGGAAGGAGUAAUCGCCCGUGAUUUAAUGUUAGCAAUUAAUUAUUUUGUCCAAAAAAAGUACUUCUCCUAUGAAUACUUAAAUUUUAAACUCAGGACGAUUAAUUUUUUAUUUGAAAAGAAACAAUCGGUCCCUGUAAUUAAAAAAAGCCGAUAAGUUAUCGGGGACGGCUUCACAAUUAAUGUAUAUAAAUAAUGUUCUACCAUUUAUCUUGCUUGAAAAAAUACCGUUAAUUAAAUCUAAUGAACACGGGAAAGAAAUGUGGCAAAUGAUUUUAUGUUUACGAAAAAUUUUGAACAUAAUGUUGGCGGUUGAGGUAUCCGAAGACCAAGUUGCGGUUUUGAAAGAUCUUCUCCUGGUAUACAUAGAUUUAAGGAAACAGCUUUUUCCUGAAAUAAAGCUUACACCAAAACAUCAUUAUAUUUUGCACUAUCCUCAUUUAAUUAAAAUGUGGGGUCCGCUUAGGUUAUUAUGGACAUUAAGAUUUGAAAGUAAGCAUAAAUAUUUUAAAGAUGCUUUAAGGCGAUCACCGAAUUUUAAGAAUGUUUUGAUAUAUCUUACAACUAAGCACCAAUUCUUACAAGCUCUGAAUUCGGAAAAUAAAAUCCUCUAUUGUAAUAAAGUUAUAGCUGAAAACUUAGAAAUUUUCAACCCAGUCAACUAUCCUCCCGAGAUGUUAAAUUUGAUAUCAAGUAGAUAUAUGUUGAGUACUUUCAGAUUUGUAGCCGAAGAAAUAACUCAUAGGGGUACAUUUUAUAAAAAAAAUAUGCUAAUUUGUCACGAUAAAGAUGAAUUUGGUAUUUUCCAUCUGUGCGAAAUUAAGUACAUUUUAAUUACAGAGAGUAUGGAAAACUUGUGGUUUGUUGGAAAAAAUGU